UUUGUUUUCAGGUAAGAAAUGGGGUUACACUUCCACAUACAGUAUCGCUCGGAUGAGGAUCAACCAAAUCACGAGAACUGUUACUUUUUAAUCUAUUAGGGUGAAGGUAAAAAGAAGGACCACCGUGACAUCAUAGAAUUGCGCGGUUGCAGCAGCCCACACCAACCAGAACAGGCGAGACAGUUAUUACGCGUCUCAGCCAUUUGAUUUUUGCUCUGUGAGCCGAGGAUACGUCAUCGACUUGGAAUAAUUCAUAUUUCCCCUGCUAUUUCUUUUUGUAUCACUUUCCGUGUUUUCGUCUUCCUGCUUUCGCAGUUUACUGGAAACCUAAUAAUUAUAGACUUUUGCUAAUCGGAAAGAUCAAUCAACUGCACUUUGAGAUGGUGAAGGAGACCGAAUACUAUGACGUGCUGGGUGUCAGUCCAACGGCAUCCGAAGCUGAGAUUAAGAAAGCUUAUUACAUGAAGGCCCGGCAAGUGCAUCCGGAUAAAAACCCAAAUGACCCUCUUGCUGCACAAAAUUUUCAGGUUUUAGGUGAGGCUUACCAAGUUCUGAGUGACCCAACUCAAAGACACGCUUAUGAUGCACAUGGGAAAUCAGGAAUCUCAACUGAAGCCAUUAUUGACCCUGCAGCAAUCUUUGCAAUGCUUUUUGGUAGUGAGCUUUUUGAGGAAUAUAUAGGCCAGUUAGCCAUGGCAUCAAUGGCAUCAAUGGACAUUUUUACUGAAGGGGAACAAUUUGAUACUAAAAAGUUGCAAGAGAAAAUGCGGGUCGUUCAGAAGGAGAGAGAAGAAAGGCUUGCAGAGAUACUAAAAAGUAGACUCAACCAGUAUGUCCAAGGAAACAAAGAAGACUUUGUUGGUCAUGCAGAGGCUGAAGUAGCCCGGCUGUCAAAUGCAGCUUAUGGGGUUGACAUGUUGAAUACCAUUGGCUACAUAUACGCAAGGCAGGCAGCAAAAGAGCUAGGGAAGAAAGCUAUUUAUUUGGGUGUGCCUUUUAUUGCGGAGUGGUUUAGAAACAAAGGGCACUUCAUCAAAUCCCAAGUAACAGCAGCAACAGGGGCAAUUGCUUUGAUCCAACUGCAGGAGGAUAUGAAAAGGCAACUCAGUUCUGAAGGGAACUACACCGAAGAAGAGCUUGAAGAAUACAUGCAAUCUCACAAGAAAUUAAUGAUUGACUCUCUGUGGAAGCUUAAUGUGGCUGACAUUGAGGCCACUCUUUCUCGUGUGUGUCACAAAUAUUUGUUUUUGCUACUCCAAUGUCAAAUUGUUCUUCAAGACAGCAGCAUCAAGAAAGAAGAGCUACGUGCAAGAGCAAAAGGGUUGAAAACUCUUGGUAAAAUCUUCCAGAGGGUUAAGACAGCCAAUGGGAGUGAGAAUGAAAAUAUACUAAACAAAGCAGUACAUAAAUUGAAUGGAAGUGAAAAUAGCAAUGAUGCUUGUUCUCCUAGUACAUCACCCAAAUCUUCAAGUCCUGAUUCUUCAACUCAUGCUGCAUUUGCAUCGCAGAGUCCCUAUGUGGAAGCCCCGCACUUUGCAGGUAUGCAAUUUGACUACAAUUUCCCUAGGCCAACUGCCCCCCCGGGUGCCCACAGACCUGCACCAACCAGCAAGGAUUGAUGAUGGGGUUUGAUGCCAUGUUCUUUUCUGUACGUAUUGAUCUUGUGUUAUUUUGUUGAAUAUGUAUUUAAAAAUGUGUGCUGAAGACCGCAUCUGGUCUGCCGCAUUGUGCAGUGUGGUUAUUAUGCAUGUUUAAUUUUAAUAAUUCUAUGCAUAGAUGAGGGAUGAUAGUUUGAAGGUAGCAUUGUAACUCGAAUUAUGUAUUUUACUGGGGUGUUUGCACGUAGGUUUAUCUAAUCCCUUUGUGUUUGUUUUUCAGGGAUA